AUGACGAACAAAUUCCAGAUGUCGAUGAUGGGAGAAAUGAAUUUCUUUUUGGGAUUGCAAGUAAAGCAAACUGAAGAUGGAAUACUGAUCAAUCAGUUGAAGUACACUAAAGAGCUGAUCAAUAAGUUCGGAGUACAACACAUGAAGACUGUGAAGAUUUCCAUGAACACCAACUGGAAGGUUGAUCCAGGAAUGGAAGGGAAAUCAGUAUCUUCUACAAAGUACAGAGAAAUCAUAGGAUCUUUGCUAUAUCUUACAGCGAGUCGAUCAGAUAUAGCUUUUGCAGUCAGAGUUUGUGCGAGAUAUCAGUCAGACCCAACGGAAGCUCACAUGGAUGCAACUAAGAGGAUUCUAAGAUAUCUCAAAGGCACACAAAAUGUAGGCCUAUGGUAUCCGACUGAUGAAAUCUUCAAGUUAUUAGGUGUCGCAGCCCGAUAUAGCCAGUGA